GCGGAAGUUUGCUCCAGAUUCGAAUCGCAAUAAAAGCUAACACGCUGCCAGCCAUGAUUCAAGGUAACAAGUUUGAAGACUUGGAGGAGAUCGGGGAGGCUGUGACCGGCUUCAUCGAAAGCAGUCAGCCUGAAAAACUGAAACAAGUGCAGUUUGAACAGCAGGUCAUGUUCCAUCAACACAUGGAAACCAGGAAGAUGGUGACCCAGAUUUUAAAAGAAACGGCAGAGAUUGAGGAGAGUGCAGGCCAGAGGCUGCUGGACAUGAAGGAGGUGAAGAAGCACAGGGAGGAGGAGUUGGAGAACCUGGAGGAGCAGCUGAGACGGUGCACGGCCAAGAGUCAGAUCGUUGACUCCGAAAUACAAUUUCUGCAGAAACAGUUGGAGAGUCUGAAAACGACAGAGGAAGAACUCGAGACGUUUCAGAGUGAGGUGGAUGAAGACACCACAGAGGUCAUCCCGUCGGCCUUGUAUGUGGCUAAGUUGUACCACCUAAUCACCAAGAUCAAGUGGGAGUACGAUACACCACCCAACAUUUUAAAAGGAGUGCAUUAUGGGGCUGAUCUGGCGACUCCCAUUAACGUGGACACAUCCGCUCGCUCUCCCAGUGAAGUCAGCCACCAGCUGUGGGACUUUGUCAGCUCAGAAUGGGACAAAGACAGUUAG